AGUGCGAGCUGCCAUUUUUUUCUGGAGAAUUCUUCCUGAUUAGUUAGGCAAGCAAAGACAAGUUCCGAGUCGUUCUACCUUCACUUAAACCGUUUUAUUAACACCUCCAGCGUAUCGAACAGGUAUUCUACUCAGAUAUUAUAGAAGGUCGGACAUUUAAACUCUGGCUAAAGUGCAGGCUAGUGUAUCAUAUGUGGAUGGCUACUUAGGCUGCCGCUAGCUAACGUUAGCUGUGGCUGUAAACAAACACUUUAGCUAUUGGGCAAACUGUAGCUCGUAAGCCAACUAAAAACGCUGCUUUUUAAAUUUCUUCAUAUGAUUCCCUUAUUUUAGUGGCUAAUCUAACGCUACUUUGCUUGGGGCAGCAGGAGCACGCUUUUUUUAAUCCUGCAUGUACUUAAGUCAAGUGAAAAGUUCACUUUUGAUGACAGUGCGAGUUUUCCCCAACUAGCUCGGAGCUCAGUCAGUUUUGAGACGGGGCUCGUGGUGAGUCUACUGCUCCCAAGGACACGCACAGCAUCGCACCGACAUGUCGUCUUUCUCCGAGGCGGCGCUGGAGAAGAAGCUGUCGGAGCUGAGCAGCUCGCAGCAGAGUGUCCAGACUCUGUCUCUGUGGAUCAUCCACCACCGCAAACACUCGGGCCUCAUUGUCAAAGUAUGGCACAGAGAGCUGAAGAAAGCUAAAACCAGCAGAAAGCUGACGUUCCUCUACCUGGCCAAUGAUGUCAUCCAAAAUAGCAAGAAGAAAGGACCUGAAUUCACGAAAGACUUUGAGACUGUUCUCGUGGAUGCCUGCUCUCAUGUUGCCAGUGAAGUAGACGAGAGCUGUAAAAAGCAUAUGGAGAGACUCCUGAACAUCUGGAAGGAGCGCAGCUUAUACAGAAGCGACUUCAUUCAGCAGUUGAAACUAGCCAUAGAAGACUCUAACAGCCCCCGACCUACAGUAGAGGAGAAGAAACCUGUGAAGCGAACCUACCAGAAGAUACAGCAGCAGCAGCAGGAGGAAGAAGAAGACGACGAUGAUGACUACAGAACCCACGGCUCUCCUCACAUCACAGACACCUCUGCACCUCAACUGACAGAGGAGCUGGUGAAAGCGCUUCAGGACUUGGAGAACGCCGCAUCAGGUGAUGCGGCUGUUCGGCAAAAAAUUGCCUCGUUGCCACAGGAAGUCCAAGAUGUGUCAUUGCUGGAGAAAAUCACUGACAAGGAGGCUGCUGACAAGCUGUCCAAGACAGUAGAUGAAGCGUGCCUCCUGCUGGCCGAAUACAAUGGCCGGCUGGCUGCAGAGCUGGAAGACCGCAGGCAGUUGGCGCGCAUGCUGACUGACUACAUUGGCAGCCAAAAGGAGGCAUUGGUGGAGAGAGAGAAGAAGCUAGAGGAAUACAAGCAGAAGCUAGCCAGAGUGACCCAAGUGAGGAAGGAGCUCAAGUCCCACAUCCAGAGUCUGCCUGACCUGUCCCUCCUGCCCAAUGUGACUGGCGGUUUGGCCCCAUUGCCCUCAGCCGGUGACCUUUUCUCCACUGACUGAAUGUUGGAGCUCAAACUAGCUACCCCACCACAUCCUCACACACAAGCACACACCCUCAGCCUAAAUAUUGCAGGUUGUGUCCUGAUGAGGUCACAUGUGCCAGCAGCACCCCCUGCAGGACAAUAGAGGGGUGAGAGUGUGUGGGGUUCAUGGUGGGGAUAAUAACAUUAGGUUUGGUGACAUUGCAGCACUCUCCAAAGGAGAACUGAGACUGUGUCAGCCUGGAUUUUCUUGCAUAGAGUCCACAGUUUUCUCUCACUUUCCUCUUUGUUUUUAGUGGCUGUUUUUAAAAAAAAAAAAAAAAAUGCUCGUUAUGAAUGGUUAAGGAGGCGUUGUGGCUUUCAGUGUGCUGUUUACAUUACCUGGAUUCACUAUGCGCAGUUAGCUACACUGUGAUGAAAAUGUCCCAUUCAGGAGUUGAGUGUGUUGUGUGUGUUUUUUUUUUUUUUAUAAUAAUUCAGGUGAUAGUUAGCAAGACUUUAAAGCCAACAGACGAGAAUAUUUUUGUAAACCUUCAAGAUGCUUAAUUUUCCAUUUACUUUAAUUUGAAAAUUGAUGCUUGAUUUAAAUAAAAAAAAAAAAAAGAUUAAUUAUCAUUACAGUGGAAGCUCAGUUUUUGUCAUUAAUUUGUUCCAAAAGGUCAGACGGAAACCGCAACGUACAAAACCUAAAGUAAUGUUUUCCAUAAGAAAUAAUGUAAAUCCAAGUAAUCCAUUCCAGACACACAGAAAUAUGAAUAAAAACACAUUUUAUAGAGAAUAAUUAUAGUUUUCGACAGAACAGCCAUGCGGACGCUGUUUCAUUCUGGUCUGUUACAAAGUUAACUUUAAAGUGUGGACGGUUCGAGCUGUAUACUUGCUUACUUCAACUUUAGCAGCAGGUGCAAUCAUGAUUACAGACACUGGCCUGACUCACUUUCUGUACUGUAUCUCCCUUAAACCAUUUUCCCCACAACCCAUGUUAACUAGGAAUAUUUACAAUAGGGUAAACAUGCUACUUUCGUACUUUGCUGCGACUUUUUUCUUGAAUUCAAUAGUGUUUCUUGCAGCCAUAAUAUAAAAAAAACACACAGACUACUCAGAAAUAUGCAAUGCGCUCGAACACCUCAUCAGCGCAGGGCGCACACUGCUUGUUAGGAGGAAGAAAGGAGACAGAAACUCAGUGGUCAGUGGUGUGCGUUAUGUGAACAAACCAUCCCCACACACAUAAAGAUGAUUAAAGGAUUUCCUGGCCAGAAUCUGUCUGUAUUGUCUCAACUCUAAAAGAACUAUCUUUUCUUCACAGAGAUUGAGUCACGUGUCGGUGCUUUGUUUGGGCACUGUUUGGCCGUACCACAACACGGAGAGUGUACAUAAACCGAGACAUCAUAUUUUUGGCAAUUAUUUUUUGCUGAGAACCAGGGCGAACGAAAACCGAGGUUCCACUGUACUCGCAAAGGUUACAAAGAAAUUCAUAGGCCAUUAUUUGUUAAAAACUGAAACUUUCAUGUGAAGGAAAAAAAACUUAGUUUUAGUGUGUGCAGUAGUAAUUAACCCAUAAUUGCAUCAAAUAGGAUGUGAAAUAAACUCAAAUUGUGAGUCAUAAUUUAUUUUCUGCACUGUGAUUUAUUGACAGGAGCAAAAACCCAACAGCAAUAUAAUCAUUAUUGUUAUAGUAAGUACUGUCCAGCUCAGUUGUGCAUCCAGACAUCACAAAUCAGCCACAGUGGCUACUAGGUGAUGCAAAUGCCUUCUUUUGGUUCAUUUUAUAAGCUAGCAUUUGUUUAACUCUAUUAAUGUCCAGUUGUGUUAAUGUCUGCAAACACAAAGAGUUGUUGAAUGUCAAGUUGAUUUUGUUUAUUUUUGACAGAUUUAGGACAUAGCGAUGACGUCUACAAGCAGUCUGGAACCAGAAACAUGCAGCGUUCACAAUGUUUGCUAAACCAAAGGAUGUUACUUGUAGUUUUUUUUUUAAUGCAGUCACUGGUGGGGCGCCAAAGCACAGCGAUCCAUACAAUCACUGCAUAUGUCCAAACAGCCACUAGAAGCAAGGAAGGAUUUCAGCAACAGUCUGACCUGCGUGUGUGUAGAUUAUUAGUUUACAUCUGUUCUUGCCCUCUUGCUGUGUGCAUUAUGCAUUUAUUUCUGCAUAGCCACCGUUGUACAACCAGGAGGCUACCAUUCGGGUAGUUUUUAUUUCUGUAAUAAAAGUGACUCGAUGGAUGCCAAUAAACUGGAACCAU